UUGUUACCGGCUGGUGUUCAUUGUGCUGGUGGUGUGCACAAUAGAAAACACUUGGAGGAGUACAAAAUAGUUUCUCGCUCGCUCUGGAGUGAUGUUUCACAAGACUGUCGGAUCAUAAGGAAGGACGAGAUGUUGUUGCAGAGGUAGAACAUCUACAAGUGUUGGCUUUUAUUUUUUCUUUUCACAAUAGGACAAGUAGAGCUGCUCUCUUCCCCCUCCCUGUUAAAUGAUCAAUGAAGAAGAUGAUGAUCCAGGCCUCCUUUAGGAACGGUCUGCAGGUGUAUUUAAUCCUACUGCUGGUGGGAGGGCUACAUGGCAGGGUUACAGCACCAGAGCGUCUUCAAGCUCCUGUGGAGAAGCCCUUCACCCUGACUUGCUCUGUUUCAAGGGAUCGAGGCGAGUCUUUGAGGCAGGUGCGGUGGCUGGAUGUCCAGAACCAGACCCUGAUAACCUACCAGCCAGGCAACAGAGACAGCGUGAGUGGACAGCAGCAUGUGGAGCUCGCCACCUCUCCGAAAGACACCUCAGCUAUCACCAUCCGCAGAGUGGGCUUCCGUGACGAGGGCUGCUACACGUGCAUCUUUGACAUGCAUCCAAAUGGUGCAAAGCAGGGAACCACCUGCCUCACCGUAACCUCACACAUCACCGCUGACAGCAACAAGACAGCAGUGAGCGGCAAGAAGGCCACCCUCACCUGCUCCUACGGUUUGCCGGAGAAGGUGCAGCAGGUUACGUGGAGACACACCCCUGAGCAGGGAGAGUCUGCAGAGGUGGCAUCCUAUGCAAAGAGAAGUGACCCCAUGAUAGAGCCGCAGUACCAGGGGAGAGUUUGGCUGAGUUCCUCCCUAUCUGACAGUCAGCUCAUCAUCCAGCCAGUAGCCAUCCAGGAUGAGGGCUGCUACACCUGCAUGUACGACACAUAUCCAGAUGGGCUGAAGACCUCCACUGUGUGCCUCGCCACCUACGUGCUGCCUAAACCUCAGGUGAGCUACAAGACUACCUCCCCAGGUGUGAUUGAAGCCAACUGCACUUCAGUAUCACGCCCCCCAGCAGAGAUUGUGUGGAACGUGGAGAGAGACAACCGUACAAUGGGCCCCCCUGUGACUACACAGCUCCCACAGGAGGACGGAACCACUCUCGUCAUCAGUACGUUGACCGUGCGAUCAGGGUUGCUGAAAGAUGUGUCCGUCAAAUGCUUGGUGCACCACAAAGGGCUCGAGUCGCCAAUUGCUGUAUCAAUGAACACAAAAAUUGGCACAGCUCUCACCAUCCUGAUCUCAGUCACUACAGUGGCAGCACUGCUGGUCAUGUCUCUCUGCUUCUGCCUGUGGAAGUGUUUCCUGCGUAAAGAAGAUGAGACUACAGACAACAAAGGAAGAAGAAGGACUUCUCAGAGUCAACUUGAGAGUUUGUCUGCAUCAUUAUCAUCACUGGAGACAAAGGGAAGAUGUUCUGACACUCAUCUAUAGGAUGUCUUAUACAAUCCUGUUUGUGAGCAACGACUGUACAAUGACAUUCAUCUCAUCUCCUCUGAAUCUGACUCUUACAUAAUCUCCGGGCUGUCCUCACAUGACGUCAACGAGGAGAUGCUGAAUGGAUAUGUUUUUUUUCUCUUUGGUGUUUGUAAUUGAUUGAGUCAUUGGACACACAUUCCACAACAUGCAGCUGAAUCAGUGAAAUUACAGUGAUUUUGCUGUUGCAGCGUAUUGCACAUCUUAAAAACACUGUCCUUUUGUCUAUAUAGUAGUCUUUUUUCUGUUUCAUACCAUGAACUAUUGUACAAACUCCACUAAAACUUAUAAAUGAGCCCCCUGCAGUGUCUAACCUAAGAAUGGGCAAUGUAGACUACUUAGGCAAUGCGACCUGCUCAAGUACUAAAGCACCACAUGUAUGUUCAUCCACAGCUGAAUAUAAUCCCAUUUACAUGCAUCAUCUUCUCUUUUAUGACUAACAUUUGCUAAAAACUAUUGCCCAGCUUUUAAAAGUUAUUACUUAACCUGUUUCACAGUCUGCAUUUGUGCACUUUCAUUUGAAAAUCCCCAACUUCAUUAGACCCCAAGCCAAACAAGUAUUUUAGAGAGGGGUGUAUGCUUCGUUUGUAGUUUUCUGUAUACAACGGGAAAAUCAAGGGGAUUACCUUGCUAGCUAGUUAACUACCUAACUUUUUUAACUAGCAAGCUACAUUAGCUAAGUAGCUUAUUACAUUAACUAAUAUAUUUUAGAAUAUCAUAUGCUCUGUGGUCCAUUUUAGUGGUGACUCGAUGGUUCUCCGAAAACUAGUGAAUUACCUUGCUAGAAAGGUAACCUAACUGGCAAGCUAAAUCAGCUAACUAGCUUAUUACAUUAGCUAACUUUAAAAUAUCCCAUACUCUCUGGUUUAUUUAAGUGGUGAUUUAAUAGUACUGUGAAAAUGAGUAGAUUACCCAGUUGGCAAGUGAGCUAGCCAUGUUAUCUAACUAGCAAUAUGUAAGGUAACCAGCUGUUUAUGUUAGCUUACUAACUAUAUGCUUUGUGGUUCAUUUUAGUGGUUAUUUGAAGGCACUUUGAAAACAAGAGGAUAAUCUUGCUGGCUAAUUAGCUUGCUAUGUGAUGGAAUAAGCUAGCUAGAAUAAGUUGGUGAAAUGGCUUGCUUCAUUAGCUAACUAACUUGAAAAUAUCUGUGUGUGUGUUCCAAAUAACAUACUUGUAUUCGUACAUUUUACUGCGGUAUAUCUCAGUGCAGUAGCCUACACAGCAUCUCUACAAACAAUCAGGCACACACACCUCUAGGCAAUUAAGAACCACUAAUUUAGAAAACAAGCAUGUUUAUAUAGUCAAAUCUGACUUGGAUUCAAACCAGGAACCUUCUUGCUGUGGGGCAACAGCGCAAACACCUGCAUUAAUGUACCACUGUUGCUAGUAGCACAUGCUAGCGAACAUUUUCUAGCAGGCUAACAGGUCCAAAUGCACUAAAUAUUAAGUAUUUAGUAUGGAAGUAUGUGAUUUCAAACACACUUAUACUUUCUGUUUCAUUUAAUGGCAGAGCAAAUGGAAUAUUUUUACAGCUACAGCAAAUUAGCUUGUCAUGUUAUCUAAGUAAGCUUACCGAUUCUUAUAAUGACUAACUUAAAAAAAAAAAACAUGUUUUUGUUAUUUACUUUUAGCAGAUAUGUGAUGUCACUCUUAAAACAAGAGGGUUACCUUGCUAAACCCAGCAAGAAAGUCUGACUGCAGACCAUUCAUCUCUGACAGCCAUUCUCACAGGCAGUUUAUCUAAGACGUCGUAAUCGCUGUAAAUGGAUACCAAAAGUUUAAAGUAAAAAACCUGACCAGCAAAACCAAAUUACAUAAUGUUUGAUAAAGCUGACUAAACACUCUAAUGUAGCAAGCAUAGCUUUAUCGCUCCGUUAGCUACAUUUAUGUUGAUAAGGAUGCUACGGAUGCUAAAAUUAAGUUCACAAAGCAGCUAGGUGUGUGAUCUACAUUUGCUUUACCUAUGUUUUCUACAGCUCAUGUUGCCAAAGCUAUGUGAGCAACACUGUCUUAUGUAGUUACGUUAAUUACAUAGCUAGUGUAUCUAUGUUAGCUUUAGCUAAAGCUAAUGAAGCUAAAGCAAGCCACCGUUUGUGUAACUGCAUCUAAGAAAGGUCUAUACAUAAUUCAACGGUGAGUAAGACCGUUGACCUUUGUCUCUGUUUUAUUUAUCAAUGUUUUUUUGUCUGUACAAUGCGGUUUACUUCACGAAUGUAACUACCAGACUGUUUAUGAAUAAAGUCUAAUUUUUAGAAGAAAAAAAAAUGAAAAUUUGUUGUAUUGCAAAUAAUUUAUAGUGGCAAAUAAUGGCAGCUCCUGUCUCAGAUGAACUGCCCAUGGAAUGGCCAUCAGAAAUGAAUGGUCUGCAGUCAGACCCCUCUCAAACCCAGAGUAACUGGGGGUCCAUCUGAUGUCUCGCAGCCCCAGACUUUAUAGCCGAUUCCCCUUCACCUCUGAAAUUACCCUCUAUGAUAUUAACCAUGCUGAAUGACUUUCUCAUAAACUGCACAAAUUUUCAUAAUAAGAAAGCUAAUAUGUAACAUACAUAAGCUUAUUAAAGGUUAUGUACCUGAGACUAAGGCCUCCAUCACUUCUGUGUAUUUUUAGAGCUGGGUGCGGUCAGUUUGGUCCUCAUUAGUUCAGCUAAAAGGGCUGCAUACUUUUGUCUUGUUUUGGUAAUAUCUACCUUUACAUCCUUCAAGGUCUGUUUUUGCAUGCUGUGAACAAGAGAGAGAGAGAGAAAGUGUGAGUAUGUAGCAUAUUUUUGGAGGUUAAAUUCCACAGCCAAAGCUUGAAUCAGUUCCCCUUGGUAGCCAUGCUGAACUCUUUUUGGUGCCCCUGAAAGGAAUGCAUGCCUUAUUGGCUGUGUGCAUCGCAGAGUCUGGUAAGUGGAUAUCUGUGAAGAGAUAACUGUUUAAUUCCCAGAAAGCCUGUGAUGUUAUAAUGGGUGUUCUUUGUGUUUCUUUUAUUCAUAACUGUGCCUGUGCUUUUUGGACAUUUCCCGUUAUCGAAUUGGCACUUCUGUGUCAAUAUUGUAACCCUGUGAGGCAUUUGAGAAAAUGUGUUUGCAUGUGUACAGAAAACUAGUUUUACUCUGAAAAAAAUCUUUUAUGUAAGAACAUAAUACUAUGAAUCUAUCAGUUAUUUCAACAAAAGUUAUCAGAUUUCAGGUUCAGUGCUCAAUCACCAUUUAAAAGACUCAGGACAGAUUUUCUCUGUCUGCAAAGUUUAACUGGAUAUGUACAUACAUUGUGUGCUCAGAGCAUGGAGUAGCACCCGGACAUGUUUUAAAUAAAUGAAAUUAAAGCACACUGCACAGCUUGGUACAGAGCAAAUAUGACCAAAUAUGUAAAGCUGAUUAAAUA